AAGAUGGUUACAGAGAUGAAGGUUGAAGUCAUUUGCAAGGAAACAAUUAAACCAUCCUCUCCAACUCCUCACCACCUGCGAAUUUCCAAUCUCUCUGUUUUUGAUCAGGUCACAUCUGAAGUUUAUGUCCAAUUACUUCUCUUCUAUCCCAGCAGUAGUGAUGAGGUCAAUAAUAUUGAUCACCGCCAUUCUUUGUUUGCUGAGAGAUCCGUCCUUCUAAAAACAUCAUUAUCUGAAACCCUCACUUACUUUUACCCCUUGGCCGGAGAAUUCAAAUAUAAUUCUUCAAUAAGCUGCAAUGACCAUGGGGCUGCAUUUGUUGAAGCCAGAGUCAACUGUCCCAUAUCACAGAUUUUGGGCCAACCAGAUCUUGGGAUGCAGAAACAAUUGGUUCCAAAUCAUAUAGAAUGCAGGACACAAUCAGGCAAAUGCUAUCUUCUUCUAGUCCAAGCCAACUUCUUUGAAUGUGGUGGAGUGGCAAUUGGAGUCACCAUUUCGCAUAAGGCCGGUGAUGCUUAUACACUCAGUAAGUUCAUUAAUAGCUGGGCUGCAAUUGCCCUUGGCUCCACUACGACUACUGAUGUAGUGCCUCCUGCACAAUUUGGUGCUGCAGCUUCUCUUUUACCACCUCUGGAGUUCCUCAACUCGCCACAACCUCCCUUGGAAUUUGUCCACGAAAAUUGUGUAACAAGGAGAUUAGUGUUUGAUGCCUCAAAGAUUGCUGCUCUAAAGUCCAAAGCUGCCAGCACCACCGUGCCAAACCCAACACGCAUUGAAGUAGUGUCAGCGCUCAUUUGGAAAUGCGUAAUGGAAGCAUCAAGAUCAAACUUGGGUUCGGCGAGGCCAUCCGCAUGGUGUCAAGUUGUGAACAUGCGGAAAAUAAUGGUUCUGCCCUUGACAGUCGACUUAUUGGGAAAUUUCUUCGGGUACUUUGUAGCAAGGACAGAAGAAAGUGAAGUAGAUCAUGACGUUCAAAGCUUGGUUGCUGAAAUGAGGAAGGGCUUUGAGGAAUUUAAGGCAAUUUUUGCUAAUGGAAUUAGUGGGGAGGAUGUGUUGCAGCUGUGCAAAGAGUUAGGGGAGCUCAUUGGAAAGGUGGAUACGGACAACAACUAUUGUUCCACCAGUUGGUGCAGGUUUCCCUUGUACAAAGCCAAUUUCGGAUGGGGAAAGCCAUCCUGGAUGAGUAUCCCAGCUGGUGCUGUAGAAAUCAAGAACAUAAUUUCAUUGAUGGAUGAAAGAGAUGGGAAUGGUAUAGAAGUAAGAUUGAGUUUGAAAGAGGCAAACAUGGCCUUAGUUGAAAGUAACCAGGAGCUGCUUGCAUACGCUUCUCUGAAUCCGAGUCUCGACCUGUAAUUUUUCCUCCUCCUUUUUUUCUUUGUA